GUCUGUGCUUGUCCUCUUACAGAGAUACUGCCAUCAUGUGGAUCCAAGUGCGCACCAUGGAUGGGAAGGAGACGCAUCGAAUGGACUCCCUUUCCAAGCUGACCAAAGUGGAAGAUCUCCGGAAAAGGGUAUACAAAGUGUUCCGAGUGGCACCUGAUAGACAAAGGCUCUUCUACAGAGGCAAACAGAUGGAGGAUGGUCAUUCCCUUUUCGAUUAUAAUGUUGGCCUGAAUGAUAUUGUUCAGCUGCUGGUCAGGCCGAGCCCCGGCAUCCUGCCUCUGGCUAACAAAGAGAAGGACUCUGAAUUGUCAGACACGGAUUCUGGCUGCGGCUCUGGGCAAAGCGAGUCGGACAAGAGUUCUAAUAAUGGGGAAGGGGCUUUGGAGAUGGACAAUGUGCAGCCAAGCACAUCUGCCCAGGCUGACCUAGUGAACUUGGUGGACCCGGGUUUCGGAUACUACAAGAUCAACGAGCUGGUGGACGCUCGCGACACAAGCAUGGGGGCCUGGUUCGAAGCACAGGUUGUAAAUGUGACUCUGAAAGAGAAGGAGACCAACAAGGAGAACGAGAGCGACGAGGAAUCCGAGCUUCCGGAAGCCGUCGCCGAAGAGGAUGUUAUAUAUCAUGUGAAAUAUGAGGACUACCCAGAGAACGGUGUCAUCCAACUGAGCUCCAAAAAUGUGCGUGCUCGUGCCCGGACAAUUCUGCAGUGGGAGGAGCUGGAAAUAGGGGAUGUUGUCAUGCUGAAUUACAACCCUGAUGACCCAAAGGAGAGGGGCUUUUGGUAUGAUGCCAAGAUCCUACAAAAACGAGAAACCCGAACGUACAAAGAGUUGUACACCAAGAUAGUUCUUGGUGAUGCUGGAGAUACCUUAAACGACUGCCGAAUUACCCUUGUGGAUGAGAUCUACAAGAUUGAGGAGCCUGGGUGCGCUGUUCCACUGACUGCUGACAGCCCCAUGAAAAGGCAGAGCGGACCAGUAUGCAAGCACUGCAAGGACAACCCCAGCAAGCCCUGCCGGAUGUGCGCCUGCCACGUGUGCGGGGGGAAAGAGAGCCCUGAGAAGCAGCUGAUGUGUGACGAGUGUGACAUGGCUUUCCACAUCUACUGUCUUAACCCUCCUCUUAGCAGAAUACCUGAGGACGAUGACUGGUACUGCCCCGAGUGUCGGCUUGACGUGAGCGAGGUGGUGUUGGCUGGGGAGAAGCUGAAAGAGAGCAAAAAGAAAGCGAAGAUGGCCUCCGCCAACUCGUCCUCUCAGCGGGACUGGGGCAAGGGCAUGGCAUGUGUGGGCCGCUCAAGAGAAUGCACCAUCGUCCCGUCAAACCAUUACGGACCAAUCCCUGGGGUUCCCGUCGGCACCCUGUGGAAGUUCAGAGUCCAGGUGAGCGAAUCUGGUGUCCACCGGCCCCAUGUGGCAGGCAUCCAUGGAAGAAGCAACGACGGCGCCUAUUCUCUGGUCCUGGCAGGAGGCUACGAAGAUGACAUAGAUCAUGGGAAUUCAUUCACUUACACUGGAAGUGGAGGCCGUGACCUUUCCGGAAACAAGCGUACGGCUGAACAAUCUUGCGAUCAGAAGCUCACAAACAUGAACAGGGCUCUGGCACUGAACUGCAGCGCUCCGAUCAAUGACAAAGAGGGAGCAGAGGCCAAGGACUGGAGAUCUGGGAAGCCGGUCAGGGUGGUGCGGAACGCGAAGGGGGGCCGGAUCAGCAAAUACGCCCCCGUGGAGGGGAACAGAUAUGACGGCUUAUACAAGGUUGUGAAGUACUGGCCUGAAACAGGGAAGUCUGGAUUCUUGGUGUGGCGUUACCUGCUCAAAAGAGACGAUGAGGAGCCAGCCCCCUGGACCCGGGAAGGGAAGGAGAGGAUGAAGAAGCUUGGGCUGACCAUGCAGUAUCCUGAAGGGUAUCUGGAAGCUGUUGCAAAUAAAGAGAGAGAAAAUGACAGUACACCUGAGGAAGAAUUUGAAACUCCAGGCAAAGGAAAGAGGAAAAGAAAAUCCGCGAACGGGUCACGGUGCUCUGAGUCUCCAGCUGCCACUCCGAAGAAGACUAAAGUGGAGGCAUACAAACUCACUGCCCAGCAGAAGGCUCAGAUCAAGGCCGACAAAGCCAACGCCAAGCUGUGGGACGAAGCUCUGGAAGCCCUUAAGGACGGACCGAAAUUCCUGAAGAAAGUAGAGGAAACCUUUUUGUGCAUUUGCUGCCAGGAGGUGGUGUUCCAGCCAGUCACAACGGUGUGCCAACACAACGUUUGCAAGGACUGCCUGGACCGAUCCUUCAGAGCAGAAGUCUACAGCUGCCCGGCAUGUCGCAACGACCUUGGCAAAAACUACACGAUGGAAGUCAACCAACCGCUGCAGACUCUCCUAAACCAGCUCUUCCCAGGGUACGGCAAUGGACGGUGAUUCCAGAAAAAGCACUUCUCAGUUCCUGUGCUCCCUCCCCUCUUCGAAAAACU